CACUGAGCUCCGGUCUGUACCCCUGCGAAGGAGAAAACAGAACCAGAUUCACCUUCAUACAGAAGGAGAACUGAUCCACGCGACUCACUUGCGUUAGUGCCGCAACCAUGCCCGCGAAACUCGUUCGCCAGGGAGGCGUGUUCCUCCAGCAUCUCAACAUCAGCGAUGCUUUCUCACGCCCCGUCCGUCAAAUGAUCUCUCACGCUCAUGCUCAACGUCUUUCGAUGUUGUCCCGUGGUCGUUUCGUUGGUCCAAUUGCGGCACGCGCCCCUGUUCUGUCCCGAAGCUUGACGAACACAUACGCGACUGCAGCUGAAGCCAAGUCUUCAGAGCCCAAGGCGGCCAAAUCGAUCCCCAAGGUCCGAAAGGUGCAGGCAACCGAGUCCAAGGGGACCGCCAAAGUGAAGAAGCCGAAGGCGCAGACGGGAAAGACGAAGGUCACGAAGAAGGCCACGAAGAAGGCCACGAAGAAGGCCGCGAAGAAGGCCACGAAGAAGGAGAAGAAGCCUCUGACUCCCGAAGAGGAAGAGAAGCUGACUCUGCGCGAGAAGAAGCAGCAGAUCAAGGAAUGCAAGGCCCUAUGUCUCACUCCGCCUCAGCUGCAUCCCACAACGGUCUAUGCUGUGGCUCGCGCUGAAGCCGGGAAACAGAUCUCCAAGGAGGGUUUGCAUAUGAAGGGCAUAUAUAUGAUCAACGAAAUUCAAGAGCGCAUUAUGAGCCUGAGAGCCGAGCAGACGGAGGAAUACGCACGCAUUGCGGAGGAGAACAAGAAAUUGAACGAGAAAAUCAUGGCUGAUUGGAUCAAUUCCUACACUCCUGCUCAGAUCCGGGACGCCAACAAGGCCCGGCGCAAGCUUACUAAACUUACCGGCAAGCGGCAAUCGAGACUUAACCUGAUCGAUGACCCUCGCCUCGUUGCCCGCCCUCUACCUCCUUAUGCCCACUUCACCAAGACUCGAUUCCAAGAUCCUCACAUCGCCAGUCUUCCCAUGUCUGAGCGGAGCCCACGUAUCAGUGCCGAGUGGAAGGCACUAGCGCCGGAGGAGAGAAAGGCUUACGACCAGGCCUACCGAGAAGACAAGGAGCGUUACCUUCGCGAGUAUAGGGAGGUCUAUGGCGACGAGCCUCCGAAACUUCCCAAGGCGCAACGCGAGUAGGGGUCGGGACCAGGAGUCCAUGAUACGAGCGUCUUCACACCAUGGCACUGGAAACCUACCUUGAUCAUUCUGUGGAGCAACGAAAUGCAACUUGUUCUAUUAAGGGGAUUUGUAAUGGGUUAUCAGGCUCGGAGGAUCCGGGGGUUUUCUGUAAACAACCAGUUGUCUUUUUCUCUCUUCUGUGUUGCCUUCUAGUAUCGAUUCCGCAGCUGUCAUGUCUUAUGUUUUCCUCAGUUCAAUCGGGGAGAGUAAGUUAACAUUUGUAUUCUACCAAAGAAAAACCAAAGCAUACAGAAUGAAUGAUUUCGGG